AUGUCAGCGUUUGAAGGGCCAGGCGCCAGGCCACAAGCCUGUUGUAGGCCAGGCCAGGCCAGGCCAGGCCAGGCCAGGCCAGGCCAGGCCAGGCCUUUUGAAAAAGUUAUCAGGCCAGGCCAGGCCAGGCCGAGGCCAGGCCAGGCCAGGCCAGGCCAGGCCAGGCCAGGCCAGGCAGGCCAGCUUCGAGGCCAGGCCAGUUUGAAGGGGCCAGGCCAGGCCAGGCCAGGCCAGGCCAGUUGUAGGCCAGGCCAGGCAAGGCCAGGCCAGGCCAGGCCAGGCCAGGCCAGGCCAGGCCAGGCCAGGCCAGGCCAGGCCAGGUCAGGCCAGGCCAGGUUUGGUGCGGCCAGGCCAGGCCACGUGCCAGGCCAGUCCACAGGCCAGCCAGGCCAGGCCAGGCCAGGCCAGGCCAGGCCAGGCCAGGCCAGGCCAGGCCAGGCCAGGCCAGGCCAGGCCAGGUUGCCAGGCCAGGCUGUAAAGGCCAGGUUUUGGCCAGGCCAUAGGCCAGGCCAGGCCAGGCCAGGCCAGGCCAGGCCAGGCCAGGCCAGGCCAGGCCAGGCCAGGCCAGGCCAGGCCAGGCCAGGCCAGGCCAUAAAAUUUUUACCAGGCCAGGCCAGGCCAGGCCAGGCCAGGCCAGGCCAGGCCAGGCCAGGCCAGGCCAGGCCAGGCCAGGCCAGGCCAGGCCAGGCCAGGCCAGGAGGCCAGGCCAGGCCAGGCCAGGCUUGUAUGGCCACGGCCAGGCCAGGCCAGGCCAGGCAGGCCAGGCCAGGCCAGGCCAGGCCAGGCCAGGCGGCCAAAGGCGGCCAGGCCAGGCCAGGCCAGGCCAGGCUGUCCAGGCCAGGCCAGGCCAGGCCAGGCCAGGCCAGGUCAGGCCAGGCCAGGGGCCAGGCCAGGCCAGGUCAGGCCAGGCCAGGCCAGGCCAGGCCAGGCCAGGCCAGGCCGUGCCAGGCCAGGCAGGCCAGGCCAGGCCAGGCCAGGCCAGUGGCCAGGCCAGGCCAGGCCAGGCCAGGCCAGGCCAGGCCAGGCCAGGCCAGGCCAGGCCAGGCCAGGCCAGGCCAGGCCAGGCCAGGCCAGGGUGGGGCCAGUCAAGGCCAGGCCAGGCCAGGCCAGGCCAGGCUUCGAGGCCAGCGGCCAGGCCAGGCCAGGCCAGCGUGCCAGGCCAGGCCAGUUGGCCAGGCCAGGCCAGGCCAGGCCAGGCCAGGCCAGGCGGCCAGGCCAGGUAGGCCAGGCCAGGCCAGGCCAGGCCAGGCCAGGCCAGGCCAGGCCAGGCCAGGCCGGCCAGGCGGCCAGGCCAGGCCAGGCCAGGCCAGGCCAGGCCAGGCCAGGCCAGGCCAGGCCAGGCCAGGCCAGGCCAGGCCAGAAAUUUUGAAAGGCCAGGCCAGGCCAGGCCAGGCCAGGCCAGGCCAGGCCAGGCCAGGCCAGGCCAGGCCAGGCCAGGCCAGGCCAGGCCAGGCCAGGCUACCAGGCCAGGCCAGGGCCUUAGGCCAGGCCAGGCCAGGCCAGGCCAGGCCAGGGUAUGGCCACGGCCAGGCCAGGCCAGGCCAGGCCAGGCCAGGCCAGGCCAGGCGUAGAGGCCACGUGCCAGGCCAGGCCAAAGACAGGCCAGGCUCAGGCCAGGCCAGGCCAGGCCAGGCCAGGCCAGGCCAGGCCAGGCCAGGCCAGGCCAGGCCAGGCCAGGCCAGGCCAGGCCAGGCCAGGCCAGGCCAGGCCAGGCCAGGCCAGGCCAGGCCAGGCCAGGCGGCCAGGCCAGGCCAAAAUCGUGCCAGGCCAGGCCAGUCAGGCCAGGCCAGGCCAGGCCAGGUCGAGGCCAGGCCAGGGGUGUCAAAAUCGGGUCACACCGCUUCGAUGUCGCGUUUGAAGGGUUAUCGCGUGCUUACAAGCCUGUUGUAG